AUGAAGAUUCACCACGUCCCACACACUCUGCUCCAAACACUCCUCCCAUCAUCUGCCUUCAAUUACUUCUUCCAUUACAUACUUUCCACGAUGGUUCCCGCAAACGAAACCCCCGCGCCACUGUCACAAGCCGAAGAGGCGGAAGUUGAAGCGCUGCUCGAAAAGGCGAAGAAAUUUUCCCCGGGCGUGUUUAAACAGCUCCAGGAGGAAGAGCGCAAGAUGCGCGAAAUGGCCGCCGCUGAUCCAGAAAUGGCGCGCUACCUUGAGAGCCUUUGCCGCGCGUACUUGAGCAGCGGAGCGAGUUCGGCGAAACCGGAUACCAAAUUGGAAGAGGAAGAGGAAAGAAAGAAGAAAGAGGAAGAGGAGGGUGAAGAGGUUGAGACAAAGGUUGAGGGAGGAGAAGAGGAAACUAAGGUGUGA